UCACUUGUCUCCAUUCGCAAGGCCGACGAGGCAGGCUACUCCGCCAUCUUCGCGCACGGGGAGUGCCGCCUGCAGUCACGCGAGAGUGGCGACAUCGUCGCGCGCAUCCCGUCGUACCACGGGCUCUACCAGAUCGUCUCGUGCUUCGCCGACGGACAUGGAGACACAGCCGCCCCUGAGCCAGGCACCGGAGACGACACGGCUCUGAGCACGCAGCCGGCCAAGCGCGGCCGGCUCACCAUCAGCGUGAUGGAUCUCCACCGGACUAUGGGCCACAUAUCCCUGCGCACGGCCCGCGACAUGGUGAAGCACGGUCACGCCGAAGGCAUCACGUUGUCAGAUACGGACGUCUCGACACAGUGCAAGACUUGCGUACAGGCGAAACUCACGCACAAGGUGAUCCCGGACACUGCCCAUGGGAGCGCGCACGACAUCCCAGUGACGUCAUACGGUGACAAACUCCACUCCGACGUAUGGGACGCAGGCGAGACCUCCCUGGGGGGCGACCGCAAGGCGGUCGUCUUCAUAGAC